AAUAUUAGAUGUCAUUUUAGUCCCAUAGAGUUUAACUAUUAAAUGUUUUUUGUUUCAUAGUCAUAGUAUUAUGAGAAACAAAAUUUAGGUUGAGGAAAAAGUCACACUAUUCCAAAAAACAACAUUUAUGAGGAUUAUUUAAGAAAAAAGUUGAAAUAUUUUGAAAAUAAAAUAAAAAAAACUGUAAAAAACAGACAAAAGCAAAAACCCAAGUCAUACUAAUGAUAUGAAGCUGAGAUGCAUUUCUUUUUCCUACAAAUAUAUAUAUGUAUAACUUCUUAGCAUGCAUGUGUUGCAUUACACAAUAUCAACACUGCAGCCCUGACUCUGUGUCCACUUGAACCAGCUGAAAAUAGUCAUGAUGGAGGAAAAGUCAUCACAUCUGUGUCUUCUCUUCCUCCGGGGUGGUCCUUGGAGGGAUGAGGAGGGGCUUCCCCAGAGUCUCAGAGCUGAAGGAGCCAUCACGGUACACCAGCCGUCCCCCCACGAUGGUGGCAGUCACCACUCCUCGCAGUGUAACACCCAGGUCUGCAUCAUAGCCAGGUUCCAGGCUGCCCUUCUGCUGGCCGAGACCACACAACUGGGCCGUGUUUCGGCAGAGCAGGCGGACCACAUCGGCCAGCUGGAAGCCUCUCAGACCAGCUGAGGUCCAGAACAGCGACACAGGCGUGGAGUGUGCGCUAAACGCAGGAGCCGUAUCAGCAUCAUCAUCUUCAUCCUUAUCACCGCCCUGACAAGCAAUGGCGGGCCCGGAGCAGCAGCAGCAGCAGCAGCAGGUGGAGGAGGAGAAGGAAGAGAAGGCCGAGCAAUUAGAUGAUGCGGAGAUGGCGCUGCAAGGCAUCAACAUGCUGCUGAACAACGGCUUCAAGGAGAGCGACGAGCUCUUUAGGAGAUACAGGACCCAGAGCCCGCUGAUGAGCUUUGGGGCCAGUUUCGUCAGUUUCCUGAACGCCAUGAUGACAUUCGAGGAGGAGAAGAUGCAGACGGCCUGCGAUGACCUGAGGACCACGGAGAAGCUGUGUGAGAGCGACAGUGUUGGAGUGCUGGAGACAAUCAGAAACAAGAUUAAGAAGAGUAUGGACUCCCAUAGGUCGGGGGUCGUCGUCGUGGACCGCCUGCAGAGACAGAUCAUCGUUGCAGACUGUCAGGUCUACCUUGCCGUGCUCUCCUUCGUCAAGCAGGAGCUUUCAGCUUACAUCAAAGGUGGCUGGAUUCUGCGCAAGGCGUGGAAAAUGUACAACAAGUGCCACAGCGACAUCAGCCAGCUGCAGACCAGCUGCCAGCAGAGGUCGGCUGACCGCGGCGAGUUGCUCUCGGCUGACAACGCCAACCACAACGAGGCGGUGGUGGAGAACGACGUGACUGCGGAGGCCCUGGACCGCCUCAAGGGCUCGGUCAGCUUCGGCUACGGCCUCUUCCACUUGUGCAUCUCCAUGGUGCCACCGCACCUGCUGAAGAUCAUCAACCUGCUGGGCUUCCCCGGCGACCGCCUGCAGGGCCUCUCCUCGCUGAUGUACGCCAGCGAAAGCAAGGACAUGAAGGCGCCGCUCGCCACGUUGGCCCUCUUGUGGUACCACACGGUAGUGCUGCCUUUCUUUGCGCUGGAUGGCUCCGACACGCACACCGGCCUGACGGAAGCCAAGGAGAUCCUUCAGAGGAAGUCGGUUGUUUACCCCAACUCCUCCCUCUUUAUGUUCUUUAAGGGGCGUGUCCACAGGCUGGAGUGUCACAUCAACAGUGCUCUGGCCUGCUUCCACGACGCAUUAGAACUGGCUUCUGACCAAAGAGAGAUCCAGCACGUGUGUCUGUAUGAGAUCGGCUGGUGCAGCAUGAUUGAAAUGAAUUUUGAAGACGCCUACCAGUCAUUUGAGCGCCUGAAGAACGAGUCGCGCUGGUCGCAGUGCUACUACGCCUACUUGACGGGAGUGUGUCAGGGCGCCUCGGGUGACCUGGACGGAGCCAGCGGAGUCUUCAAAGACGUGCAGAAGCUGUUCAAGAGGAAAAACAACCAGAUUGAGCAGUUUGCCGUGAAAAGGGCUGAGAGGCUGAGGAAAAUGUCUCCCAGCAGAGAGCUUUGCAUCCUGGGCGUCAUUGAAGUGUUGUAUCUAUGGAAAGCUCUUCCGAACUGCUCCUCCUCCAAGCUGCAGAUCAUGAACCAAGUGUUGCAGCGACUUGAUGACGCGUCUUGCAGGGGCCUCAAACAUCUCCUCCUUGGAUCCAUCCACAAGUGUCAUGGGAACAUGAGGGACGCCGUGCAGGCUUUCCAGAUGGCCGCCAGAGACGAGUACGGGCGACAGAUUAAUUCCUACGUUCAGCCGUACGCCGUCUACGAGCUGGGCUGCAUAUUGCUCGCCAAGCCAGAGACUGUGGGCAAGGGGAGAUCAUUCCUACUUCAAGCUAAGGAGGAUUUCACAGGCUAUGAUUUUGAAAACAGGCUUCACGUGCGCAUCCAUUCGGCGUUGGCCUCGCUGAAGGAAGUAGUGCCUCAGUGACUCCAAAAGGGGGGGGGCAGGCAGCGUUUUUACACCACGUGGUAGCCACCCUCCACGGAAGCCUCAUAAGCUUCCAGACCCGCUGGAUAUACUUGUUGAUCCACAACAGGAACCACCUUGAGUAGGCAUUGGGACCCUUCUGUUCCUCCAAAAAAAGUGGGAGAUAUGAUUUAUAUUUACUUGCUAAACAUGUUAAGUAUGUUUUAAAUCAUCACUUUUAUGUUUGCGGGUGCACGAAAUGCAACCAUGUGAGGCGAAAAUGUCACUAGACGAACACAAAUCACAUAAAUAAAUAAUAAAAUAUAUGUUGAAAAUGUAAAAAUGAGGCAACAAUGCAUAAUUUUGAUGUUAUUUCAAGGGGGACAAGACCUAAAAAAAAGCGUCUCCACCCUGGCCUGACAGCCUAAUACACGACUUUUAAACUAGACCUGUUCGUGAAAGCAACAGUGUGCACUAUGCAUGGUCCAUCAGGGUGACGUUCAAGUCUGAAAUGUACACUUCAAGUCCCAAAUACAGCACAUAUGGUGCUGAAAGGUGCUGGUUCAUGACAAAUAAUUACAACAGUGAAACCUCGUUUUUUGUCCAUCCUGAGAACCAUUUUUCAUCUAUUUAUUCCUCAACUUCAGGGGUUUCCAAAGUGGGGCCAUUUGCUGACUGUGGCUGU